GUUCUACAGUUAAAUUUAUAACAACCAUCCCCUCCCUCGUUCAAUUCGGCGAAGCAAAUCACGCCUAUCCAAUUUCGUUGGUUUUUGCUUUCUAAUUGCUGUUAAGGACCAAAAAAGAAAACCUAGAAAUCAUGGUGGCUGUGAUGAUUUGAAUAAAGAUCUAAGAUGUCUGAGAAGAAGAAGAUGAGAAGUGAAGCGAGCAGCAGCAACAGUAAUAGGAAUAACAAUAGCAAUAGCAGCGGUGGUGGAAACAGCAGGGGCGAAACUGUGGUUGCUGAUGUUGGUCGCCGUAGGAACUCAUGUGGCUACUGUAAAUCUGUUGGCCCUACUAGUAUCUCUCACGGUGUAUGGGCACGCAGUCUGACAGUUGAUGACUAUCAAGCUCUUCUAGACAGAGGAUGGAGAAGAUCUGGCUGUUUCUUAUACAAGCCUGAGAUGGAGAAGACAUGCUGUCCAUCUUACACUAUCCGUCUCAGAGCAGGUGAAUUUGUUCCUUCCAAAGAACAACGUCGAGUACUGAAAAGCAUGCAGAGGUUUCUGGAUGGCACAUUGGAUCGAAGAUCAGAUGACUUGAUGGAUACUACAGAUACUUCAGGCAUUUCACAAACCACUACCUUCAGUCAAAGUCGGAGCCCUGCAACAAUGAAGUCCUUGAGAGAUAACCCUGAAGAAAAGAACAAAACUGAACCGUUGAUCCCCUAUAUGGAAAGUCAGAUAGAUAAAGCAGUACAAACAUGCAUUGAAAGUGGGGAUCUCUGCUCUGACAUUCAGUUUCCAAAAGCCUCUGUCAAAAAGGUUGCACCUGUGAAAAGAAAGUUAUCCACUGAAGGGGCUGAGGAUAUGUUAUUUACCAGCAGCAUCUCGUUCCAAAUUGCAGCUGCUUUAAGGCGAGGCAGAAAAGAUGUUGAGCAUGGAAAAUCAUCAAAAUUGGGGGCUUGGGAGAGCGAAAUGGCUGCUGAUUCCCCAAAAUUGAUUGCUGAAAAACUAGCUAGCUGUCUAAACAAUCUAGCAGAAUCAUCGGGCUUUUUAGUUAGAGCUUGCAACGGACAUAUAAACUUCUAUUCUUCGGAAAGACGAGUUGAUGAAGACAGUGUAGUGAGCAGCCAGAAUGAGUCAAAGCAAUCCACAUCAGGAAGCUGCAGUAAAGAGAGCUGCUCAUCAACAGCACAAGGAAGCCCUGAGCUCAAAAGGAGGAGGUUUGAGGUUCGUCUUAAAAGGUCCAGUUUUGAUCCGGAAGAAUAUUCCUUG